AUGGCAUCAUCUUCAUCGCAAAGUAGAGUUUUAAAUCCUGGCCCGGAGGAUGGUUCAUUAUUAAAGUAUCAGUCUGUUCACGUAUCAGAGCAUAUUUGGGAUGGACGUGAGCACCCAGUUUUAAAGGUGAGAAGGAGUCACUUCAUACCGGCUGGCUUGGAAGGGGUUCUAGUGGAGAUACUUCCUCAUCUAACCUUAGCUAGAUUUGCUGGAGUAGCUCAGUUGGCAUGCUUUCCUAUUGAUCGACAUCUUAUUACAGCCUUGGUUGAAAGAUGGAGGCUAGAGACACAUACCUUCCACAUGCCUCCUGGAGAGUGUACUAUAACUCUUCAGGACAUUGCUAUUCAGACAGGACUUCGUAUAGAUGGAAAGGCAGUGAUUGCAGCUGUAGGAGGUGAUAAGACACAAAUUGUGGAAGAUUUGCUUGGUAUUAGACCACCUGCUGAUGCAUUUAUGGGGAGUAGUUUGAAGUUGAGUUGGUUGGACCAACACUUUACACAUGUUGCAAUGCAUAAUCAUAAUGAACUUCAGCUUACUCGCUUUGCUAGAACUUAUAUUCUGAGGCUGAUAGGUGGGUUCAUGUUGGCUAAUCAUUCCUCUAGCAGAGUCCCAGUUAGGUACCUUCCAUUGCUAGAGGAUUUUACUAUCACAGCACAGUAUAGUUGGGGAGCUGCAGCAUUGGCAUUCCUAUACUGA